AUGGCCAAUCUACCAUCUCACGCCUCGCCAACCUUCUGCGCACAAUCGGCUUCGACAGCACCACCUGUUGACGACAUAUCACUCACAUCAGGGCAGCAAACAUCGACUCAGAGUGGUCGACCGAAUGGAAUUGCGCUGGGAAAUCCCUUGGCUGAAGUCGGUGCCAUCGGCAGCACGCCUGGCGAUAUGACACCUGGCGUACCUGCUUCCCUCCUCUCUCCUUCCUUCACACCUCCAGCGACACCGGGUGGCACUUUGAACACAGAACGACUACUUCAGCAAAUCUCACCUCAGACUGUCUCUCAUGCCAAACCCCCGAAACUCCUCCCUCGCCUCCCCAAUGUGGAGUGCAUCGUUCGCGCCCGCAUUCCAACGACGACCGGCGCCGAGAUGUUUUUGCAUCUGUAUCACAACGACUUAGACAGCAAAGAACAUCUUGCAAUCGUGUUUGGGAAUACCAUUCGGAGUCGCAGCUUGGACAAAGUGAGACCUGGGGAGACGGAGAUGGAUCGGAUGAUCCGUGGAGCUUAUAUCGGCAAAUUGCAUCCUGGCCGCGUGAGCAGCUGGCACGAUGCCAAUGGCGGGAAUGGGUCAAGUGGGGGAUUUGAUGAAGGCGCUAUUCACGAUGCAGAAUCAAUGCAGGAGCGACUGAAUGAAGCCCCACUAGUGCGGAUUCAUUCCGAAUGCUAUACCGGAGAGACAGCUUGGUCCGCUCGCUGUGACUGUGGAGAGCAACUUGAUGAAGCAGCUCGACUAAUGUCGCUACCCAUGGAGACAUUGAACGAAAUUGCAUCCCAGCAGUCUCGAUCUGUGCCGUCGAAUGUAUCAGGCGGUGUUAUAAUUUACCUUCGUCAAGAAGGCCGAGGAAUUGGGCUGGGAGAGAAGUUGAAAGCUUACAACCUGCAGGACCUGGGCUCUGACACAGUCGAAGCCAAUCUUCUGCUGCGACAUCCCGCCGACGCUCGGAGUUAUGGACUGGCCACAGCGAUGCUUGUUGAUCUAGGCUUGGGUGACGACGCAAACCCGCAUGGAAUCCGUCUACUCACAAACAAUCCCGACAAGGUCAGAGCAAUUGAAGGGCCUGGCCGUGAGGUUAUCGUGAAGGACCGCGUACCAAUGGUGCCAUUAGCGUGGCAGACUGGUGGCAAGAUGGGUAUAAAGAGCUCUGAAGUUGAGGGCUACCUAAGAACGAAGGCAGGUCUUACUACCUCAUUAAUCUAG